GUGUGUGUAAAACUUAUAAAAGAAGACCAUGGUACAUUUCUGUCACGUAUAUAACUUAUGUCACCAAUUAUCUAUGAAUGAAUGAAUGGAGCGACUUCGUGUGUUGCAUUCACGGACAUUCUGCUGCAAAAGUAAAAUUGUUGCAGGUACAAAAUGCCUACUUUUAUUCUUAACGUAAGUCUUGAAGGUUAAUCUGAUCCAAAUGACCUCAAGAACAUUUGGUUAGAACGAAGCGCUGACCUCAGGGCGGGGCAGUUUCCUGCAGUUCGUUUGUUGUGUUUCCUGGCUCUGUCUUUCGUCGUUUUAUUUUAAAUAGAAAUAGUUUAAAAUUCACACAGCUUUACAGGACAAAUACUUUAGCCGAAAACUCGUACUUUUUUUUUUAGCUCUGUCAAAUAGAUACAUGUUGGCAGACGCUAGGUUUUAACGCGUAGAGGGUUUUGUCUUUGCCUAGAGUGGGUUGACUAAAAGUCGGGACAUUGGUCUUGUAACAGAUGGACCAUUGUGUGCGAUCCAAGAUUCACCACUAAACAUGACCUCUAGCGUCACACGUAGAGCGGUGCGUGAGGGUGGGAGUUGUCUGCUGAAACGCAUUGUUGUGUUGGGGGAUGAGCCGUUCGUCCGUGCUGCUGCUGCUGCCGCCGCCGUUGCUGCUACUGCUGCUGAUCUUUGGUCGACUGCAGCUAGCGAGUGACUAUAAUCCAUGAAUGGCCUACUACGAAAAUAGGACCGUAUUCUGUUGAAUUUCCUUGCGAACAUUCACAGUCACAGGAGAUCAGAUUUCCUCUUUUCUUAGCAACGGAAAAGAGCCUCGUGUUGGAUGAGAACAUUGUGUGCAGGAUUAGAGCCACUUAGCAGGCCCUGUCGCCUCUGCUUUGUAGGGCUGCCUGUUAGCUCUCGUCUUCUUCGGCUAGCGAACUGGUUCCUGCAUCGGAGCAACACGGAGCAUCAAGAUGAAGAAGAAAGCUCGGCAGCAUCGCGCUGCGGUUCCACAGCGGCCUUCCUCUCCUAUCAAGCCCUCCCCCAACAAGCAAAUCCUGACGUAUGCACAGGCCCAGCGCAUGGUGGAGUUUGAGAUGGAUGGCCGCAUCCACCGUCUCAGCAUAUAUGACAAGCUGGAUGUGAUCCCUGAUGAUGACCCCAUGGUACAGGAGAUGAUGGAAUGUACAAGCAAUAAAGAGAAUACAGAGAAACCACAGCCGGUCCUCCUGAGGUCAGUGAGAUUAAAAAACAACCAGGAGAAGAGAAACGCCGCCCUGGGUAUCACCAGUCAUGGCGAGGGGAAUGGGCAUCAGGCAUCUCGUAACACUGGUCCAAAGCUUCCAGAGCCCAGGUUUCGUACUGUGGAGUACAAUAUUCCCGCUGUCCCUAAGCGUCCCGUUGCCUAUUACAAAUACACAGAAAAGACAGACGAAGAGCUGGACGAGGAAACGGAGUACGACAUGGACGAGGAAGAUUACGCGUGGCUGGAACUGGUCAAUGAGAAACGGCGAAGUGAAGGGAUCAGUCAGGUUUCGCACAAUGUUUUUGAAUUCCUUAUCGACCGGUUUGAGAAAGAAUCGCACCUGGAGAGUCUGGAUCAAAGCAGCGAAAAGUAUGCCGCUAUCGACGAGGAUGCCGUCUGCAGCAUUUGCAUGGAUGGGGAGGGCCACAACAGUAACGCAAUUCUGUUUUGCGAUAUGUGUAAUAUCGCGGUGCAUCAGGAGUGCUACGGUGUGCCCUAUAUUCCUGAGGGCCAGUGGCUGUGUAGACACUGCCUUCAGUCACCCACUCGGCCCGCAGAGUGCAUCCUCUGUCCCAACCGGGGUGGAGCAGUGAAAAAGACAGACGAUGACCGCUGGGGCCACGUGGUUUGUGCCAUCUGGGUCCCAGAGGUUGGCUUUACCAACACCACCUUCAUUGAACCUAUCGAUGGCGUCAGCCACAUUCCUCCAGCCCGCUGGAAGCUUACGUGCUACCUCUGCAAGGAGAAAGGUGUUGGGGCAUGCAUCCAGUGCCACAAAGCCAACUGUUACACAGCCUUCCAUGUCAGCUGUGCCCAAAAGGCCGGCCUCUGCAUGAAGAUGGAACCGGUCAAAGAGGUUACGGACACCGGAGAACCCACGUACUCUGUGAAGAAGACCGCCUUCUGUGGAGCUCACACACCGAACGGGUGUGUGAGGAGGCCGCUCACAAUCUACGAUGACGCCGCACCAAAAAAUGGCCUGUGUAAGAAAUCGGGCAAAGUCAAAGCUGCUGAUAAAGGGUCUUCCAAAGGGAAGCACAAGAAAAAGAGCAAGAGUAAAAAGGUCGAGCCAGAAGAGGAAAGUGAAGCUGUGACCCCUGCUCCUGUGCCUACUUUUCCUGCUCACAGGUUACAAACCAUUUUAAACCAAGUGUCUGUUCAGAAGAAGAAAGCUUUUGUGGAGCUGGCCUUAAAUUACUGGACACUGAAGAGGCAAUCCAGAAACGGGCUUCCCCUCCUCAGACGACUCCAGAUGAGCACGCAGUCUCAGAAGAAUGCUCAACCGGUUUGUUCAUCUAGACAGAAUGAGGAGGAGAGCAGGGCAUUAAAGGACCAGCUAAAGGAAUGGCACCGUCUCAGACAUGACCUGGAGAGGGCCCGUCUCCUGCUGGAGUUGAUCCGCAAGAGGGAGAAACUAAAGAGAGAAGAGAUAAAGCUACAGGAGACACUCUUAGAGAUGCAACUGACUCCCUUCAGUAUUUUGCUGAGAACUCUCCUGGAUCAGCUUCAAGCAAAAGACCAGGCCAGGAUCUUUGCCCAGCCAGUGGACAUCAGUGAGGUGCCAGAUUAUCUUGACCACAUCAAGCAUCCAAUGGAUUUCUCCACUAUGCGGCAGCGCAUCGACGCACAGACGUACAACAACAUCGAGCAGUUUGAAUGUGAUUUCAACCUCAUUAUUGACAACUGCAUGAAGUACAAUUCAAAGGAAACGUAUUUCUACCGAGCUGCCAUUCGCCUCAGAGAUCAGGGCGGAGCUCUGCUCCGAAAGGCCCGGCGUGACGUGGAGAAGAUUGGCUUUGACACAGAGUGCGGCAUGCAUCUGUCGGAAGCCCCAGAGAUGAAAGCACCGCCACCCUUUUCCUGGGAUGAUGUGGACCGUUUACUUAUACCAGCCAACCGGAAGCACCUGCCUCUGGACAAACAGCUGCAGCAGCUCCUGGAAAAGUUCGACCUGACCUGUGCCAUGAAGUCCAGCCCUUCCCGUAGCAAGCGCCUCAAACUCCUCAAAAAGACCAUCAAUGACGUGCGCAGCGAAAUGAGCCUGAAAAAAGUCCUGCCCUCCCACCACCAUCACAGUUCUUCCUCCACGCCGUCGUCGUGGCCAACGUCGUCGUCAUCCACCCCACCGCUUCCAGAGACGCCCAAACUGGAAGAGGAGAGGCCGAAGCCUAACGGACAUAUUCCAGAUGACGAGGGAGACAAGCGUCUUCCUCCUAAACUGGAGCCCUCGGACUCCAUACCUCUGCUCAUACACUCAGACACAGACCCUGAGCCUCCCACCCUCAAACCAAUCGACGCUGCAUCAGACUGCGAGUACACAACUCACAACAAGAGAUGCAAGCUUGACGGAGAGAUCCCUGACCUGCUGCCGUCCGCCCCUCGCCUCAACGGCCACUCCCACGAAAGCCUCCAGAACUCUUUACUAGAUGGAGACAUGAGCGUGGUGGCUACCUCCACCCUUGCGGAGCCCACGGGGACAGUCAGCCGGCGGACGGCUGUGCUCUUCCGCAAGUCGAAGACCAGCAGUCCGCAAAAGCCUCACAGGACCGUGGAUGAGGCGGCAGACGGUGUCAUCAGGAAAAAUCGCGAGGGAGAGGAAGGUGAAGAAGCAGCACAGCUGGGCUCAAAGUCCUUCCUGUCGGUGGUCAUACCUCGGCUGGAGACGCUGCUACACUGUAACAAAAGGAAACGUAGCGAAAGCAGGGAUGGUGAGGAGGAGGUCGGAGGUCAGGGUGAAAAAGAAGAGAAAGAAGAGUCAUCUCUGAAACGACUCAAUACCGGUCUUUCAAGUGCUUUUCUGGAGGUGGAGAAGGAGUUGGAAGACACCCGGAGAACAAGUAGACCUGUGGAGCCACGGAGACGCUGUGCUUCCGAGUCCUCCAUCUCCUCAUGUAGCAGCUUGCCAGGAAGCACCAGCACCAUUCUAAGUCUUCCAAAAUGUGGGAAGGGAAAACCCGCUUUGGUCCGGAGGAACACUGUGGACGAUAAGAGCGAGCUAAUAGCGUGCAUCGAAACCGGGAACUUUGCAAAAGCAGCACGAAUCGCCGCCGAGGUUGGCAACAGCAAUAUCUGGAUGCCCGCUAGUGCUGCAACAGUUGCAUUGGAACCCUUAAAGCUAGUUUGGGCCAAAUGUAGUGGAUACCCUUCCUACCCGGCCUUGAUCAUCGACCCCCACAUGCCUCGCGUGGGCAGCCAGCACAACGGGGUGUCCAUCCCCAUACCCCCCACGGACGUGCUCCGCAUCGGGGAGCAGAUGCAGUACAAAGCCGAAGAGAAACUCUACCUCGUCCUCUUCUUCGACAACAAGCGCAGCUGGCAAUGGCUACCUAGAUCCAAGAUGGUUCCCCUGGGGAUGGACAAGACCAUAGACAAGAUCAAAAUGAUGGAGGGACGCACGUCCAGCAUCCGCAAGGCCGUCCAGAUCGCCUUCAGCCGCGCCAUGAACCACCUGAGCGUGGUGCGGGACGAGCCGGUCAGCGACCUCAGCGACGUGGACUGACGACACUCUCUUCCCGGCUCCCGCUCGCCCCCCCCCUCCUCCUCUCUCUCCGCUCCCUCACACGCGCACAACCCCCCGUACCUCUCCUGUACCAAAUACUCCUCUUCUGUCUCUGCAGGAGGCUGAGAUGUUUACUGGGCACCUGCUGUAACAGGUGGUGACUGUUCCUCAUCUAUUCCUAGGCGUACACACUCCUCCCACCAUGUGCCGACGAGAUAAGGCUGCUGCUGAAAUGAAUGUGUCUACUUGUCUCCACCUCCAGACUUGUGACUGUGCUCACAGACUGCUCCCUUUUUUAUUUGUGUGUUUUUUUUGGGUUUUUUUAAAAAAUAAAUCACUCCCGUCUUCACUCCUCCAAUCAUGGCCGCAGAUAUUGUUUAUAACUUCAGGGCUUAAACACUAGUGAUUGAAUUUUAGGGACACGUUGGUCACGCGUCCCCAAAAUGUGCCCUGAGGAGCUGCGACCCACUGGUUGAACGUCACAGAAAACAGGGUUUACUCUUGUUGGCUAAAGCAGUUUGUUUGUUUGUUUUUUGUUUGUUUUUUUCACGGUCCGUAGUUUGGCAAUUAUUAUUUUCCAAUUUUCAUUGAUUUAAAAAAAAAAAAUCAAGCUGACGUGCGGAGGUUUCCCGCCUGCGUGAAGGCUUUUCAGUUUCAUGGAAAAAAAAAUCAACUGUAGCCAAAGCAUAUGUCCACUUCAAGGUCACAUAAACGUUUUAAAGUCAUCAUCAGACACGAUCAUCGCUCAUUUAUUUAAACUGUAAAUAUUGUGUACAGUUGCCUGACACUAACUUAUUUUGUAGGUUUGACAUAAAAGGGUCCUGUACAGGAGGAUUGUUUUUGUUUUGUUUUUUAAAUUUAGUAUUUAUACUUGAUUCAUUCCUGGCACUAGGAUGUGAGUGCUGUUUUUUUUCCAGUGCAGUUUGAUCAAGAAGAGUAAAAGUGUAAAAGCCUUAGUAUUAUGAGGAGAUUAGGGCUACAUCAUCAUGUUUCUGAGAAGUAUGAAAGUAUUCCCUGGUUAAUUUGUUUUUUUUUUUAAGUUAUUGAUAUUUUUAAACACAAAGGUUCCACCUGGCAUUAAUUCUUUAUGUAUGAAAGUAGUUUUUAGUAUAUUUUUGUCCAUAUAUAUUUAUAUCGUUUGAACACUUAGCGCUGACGGUAUGUAAGUCUCCGGAGCUCGUGCAGGCAGCCUCACGCAGAAUUGGAACAUAUAGUUCUCAAGAAACCAAAAAAAAAAAUUGCUACCCAGAUUUUGUUUCCUUUCUUUGUUUUGUUUUGUUUGUUUGUUUUUGUUUUGCUCAAUAAUUUCCUGUGUGACGUGUGAAAUUGCCAAAAAAAAAAAAAAAA